AUGAUGGCGUCGCAUGGGGUGGGGCCGGAUCCCCUCGGUCGAAUCGAUCAGGUUCAGCGUGGUGGUGUGCCUUUGCGUGCGGAGCACGUGCAAGGGUGCCUACAAGUCAGCGACGGCAAGGCCGCGCUCAGACCUGGCCCUCGCCGAGCAGCGGCUCGUACUCAUAGGCAGUGGCGGGCGGGGAGGCGCUGA